GUAUCUUCUUCCAUCAUCGUCGCAGGCAUUCAGUUUGCAAUCCUUACAGCCGUAGUCUCGGCAGAGUUUCUCUGGCAAUAUACCUCACGAUCUUCGAGUCAACAUGGACAUACUAUCCCCAGAACUUACGGAUUUGAUAAUCGAUGAACUUCACAACGACGUGGUUUCUCUCGUAGCGCUGCGCGCCGUCUCUAGAAUUUUCUACCCUCGAACCACCUAUUAUCUCUUCUAUCGUGUCCACGCGUCAACCAAAUCCCAAUUUGACAGCUUAACGACCGGAUUCCAGGCAUCCCCGUUCUUCUGUACCUUCGUUAAGCACUUUCACAUCACUUUUCUCUCAGAUGAGAAUGAUCCAUACCAUAACGACCAGCUCGUGGAACUCAAACUUCUCCAAGAAACCGACCGCAACCGUAAGGCGAUCGACGAAGCGAAGGUUCGGAACCACUUUCGCAGGGCCGCCAGAGACAUCCCCUUGGACCUUCUUCCCAAUCUCGAAACGUUCCGCAUCACUCACUCACCCCAAAGCUCCGGCUGGAAGUCCACCACUGUUACAUCCUCACCCUCGACAAUAUGAAGGAAUUCGAAUUAAAGCAGGGCGGAUAAGGUCACUUAUGU